AUGCAUUCAUUGGUGACUGUAAUUAUUUGUACAUAUUGGUCACACUUAAUUGCACAACAACAAUUGCAGAAUAUGACUAAUUUUAUCAAUAUUCAUCCUUCUGCACGACCGAUACCUUUGGAAGAAUCAAAUAAUCAAUAUAAUAAUAAUACGCAAAUAAACAUUCACCCAAUACGUCGUCAUCCGAUUAUGAAUGAGCAACAAACUAAUAAAUUAAAUACUCAAAUGCAUAAUUUAUUGGUAUAUAAUAACACUCAACAACGACAAGAACAACAACAACGUUCAGGAAAUAUCACUAAUCAACAGUUUUAUCAACAGCAGAAACCUUCGAAUGUAAACGUCGUUCGACAAAGAAAAUCUGAUCAACUAUUCCCAUUCUGGAAUACCUUUCAAUCAACUAAUUCACCAUUAUUAAACGCUGAACAACGCUUAAAAAAAUGCUGUUCCAGGCUAAAUGAAGCAGAUUCAGAAUGCAAGGAACGUUUUUGUAGUUUCGAUGCAUUAGAACCUCGAACGGUUCUCUAUUUCCUGUUAAUUUGCCAAUCACGAGGUCCAACAGUUGGUCAAAUGUGGGAUUGUGCCUCAUCAAGACAAAAUCAUACAAAUUGUUGUACCCGAAAAGGCGUAUUACCGGCAUGUCAAGUUUAUUGCGAAACGACUAAUGGAGUACCAACAGACUAUGGCAAUUAUCUUUUCUGCUUGAGCAAUUUCAAUCAGAUAAGUGAUUGUUUCCAAGAACACUUAGAAAACCAUCAUAACUUAUACGGUGAUUGGUAA